AUGUCCUCUACUGUUACUUCGAGGGCAAAGGGCAAUGGCCCUUCUGCGCCAGAACACAACGACGUCGCCGACAAGACAAACGAUUUCUUCUGGACAUAUACCGAGGAACCUCAUCGAACUCGUCGUCUUGCCAUUAUCAAGGCUCACCCAGAAGUCACCAAGCUCUGCGGUCCCGAACCUCUUACGAAAUGGGUCGUCCUCGGCGUCGUUUCCCUCCAAGUCUUCCUCGCAUGGAUGCUUCAGUCAACACCUUUCUUCUCGUGGAAGUUCUGGGCUGUAGCGUACGUGUUUGGUGCGACCGCCAACCAGAACCUUUUUCUCGCUAUUCACGAGAUUUCGCAUAACUUGGCUUUUAAGAGUCCUCGUCUUAACCGUUUGAUCGCCAUCUUUGCCAAUCUUCCCAUUGGAAUCCCCUACAGCGCUUCAUUCCGACCUUACCAUCUUACCCACCACAAGUCCCUUGGCGUUGAUGGCCUCGAUACCGAUCUUCCCACUGCUUUCGAGGCAGUCUUUCUCGAUUCGAUUCUCGGAAAGGCUUUCUUCUGCACUUUCCAGAUCUUCUUUUACGCUCUACGACCCAUGGCCGUCUACCGCAUUCCCCUGACUCAGAUCCACGCCCUCAACAUCUUCGUUCAGGUAUCCUUCGAUCUGGUUCUCCUUAAGUACGGCUCUGUCAACUCUCUCCUCUACCUACUGCUCUCUUCCUUCCUCGCAGGAAGUCUGCAUCCCCUGGCCGGCCACUUUAUCGCAGAGCACUACGUCUACGAGACCGUCACACCCUCCGCUCGCGAUCCCGAGAACAAGAUCCCCGUUCCCGAGACCUUUUCCUACUACGGACCUCUCAACUGGUUCACCUACAACGUCGGUCUUCACAAUGAACACCACGACUUUCCCGCUAUUCCCUGGACCCGUCUCCACGCUGUGCGAGACAUUGCUCACGAAUUCUACGACCCCUUGCCCCGUCAUGAGAGCUGGUGCUACGCCAUCUGGCGCUUCAUCUUUGAUGAGAACGUUGGCAUGAGCUGCCGUGUCAAGCGCAAGCAGGGUGGUCGUCUCGUUGGAGGUGGUGCUGUUGCAGACUGGAAGCAGUCCGAGAUUGAGGCGAUUUAG